AGAAGCCAGGAGCAGAAAGAGAAAUUUGGGGAGGAGAAAAGAGAGAGGAAGAGAGAGAUGAAAAAGUGAAGCACAUACAGGGACAGAGUUAGAAUUUGAGUUAGGUAGAGUGUGAGAGCACAGUGAAGGGCAAGAGGGAAUUGAAGGAAUAACAGCAGAGAGUGUGUGAAUGUGUGAAACUGCAGCUGGAGCAGGUCGCGUGUUUGUUUUAGCAUGCACGACUGGGGCCUCCUCUGAUUGGUUGGCAGGUUGGACUGGGGGCUCUUGGGGCUCCAAGCCCCCCUCUGAUUGCCUUGGUUGAGAGACGAACGCAGAAAGAAUAGUGAGAGAGAGAGAGCAGGCACGGGCAACACAAUCUCAUGGACACCAAAUGUGAGACUCCACACGUCAGGCUCACACUCACACGCUCACCUAAACUCAAACGCAGGCACUGGUAACUCUGCAUCCCUUAAUGAGGCAUGGACCAAUCCACUGCGGCUGCUGUCGUAUUACUGGUUUCUCUCUUGCUCCUGAGCUCACGGACAGCACGUUCAGAGGAAGACAGAGACACGCUCUGGGACGCCUGGGGAACAUGGAGUGAAUGUUCUCGAACUUGUGGGGGAGGAGCUUCCUAUUCACUCAGACGCUGCCUCAGUUCAAAAACUUGUGAGGGACAGAAUAUCAAAUACCGCACAUGUAGCAAUGUGGACUGUCCACCAGAUUCUGAAGACUUUCGUGCUCAGCAGUGCUCGGCUCAUGCUGAUGUGCGCUAUCAGGGUCACUACCACGAGUGGCUUCCUGUGGAUAAUGACCCUGAAAAUCCCUGCGCCCUCAAGUGCCGAGCUAAAGCCACUGGACAGGUUGUGGAGCUGGCACCUAAAGUGCUGGAUGGGACACGAUGCUACACAGAGUCUCUCGACAUGUGCAUAAACGGAGCCUGUCAGAUUGUUGGCUGUGACCAUGAAUUAGGGAGCACAGCUAAAGAGGACAAUUGUGGAGUGUGCAAAGGAGAUGGCUCCUCGUGUCGUCUUGUAAGGGGACACUACAAAUCCCAACAUGCCACUGGAAAGACUGAAGACACCGUGAUCAUUGUUCCGUAUGGAAGUCGACACGUUCGCUUGGUUCUAAAAGGCCCGGAUCACUUGUUUCUGGAAAGUAAGACUCUUCAAGGCCUGAAGGAUGAACUCUCUCUGGAUGAAACCAGGCAGUAUGUUUUGGAGAACACCACUGUGGACUAUCAACAGCUCUCGGAUAAGGAGGUCCUGAGAAUAACUGGACCACUCGGCGCUGACUUCACUGUCAAAGUAAAAUACACAAAUGGAGCAGACAGCGUGAUCCAGUUUAUUUUCUACCAGCCCAUAGUCCAUCGCUGGAGAGAAACUGACUUCUUUCCUUGUUCGGUCACCUGUGGAGGGGGGUAUCAACUGACAUCAGCAGAAUGUUUUGACCUUCGGAGUAACCGCGUGGUGGUAGACCAGUACUGCCACUAUUACCCUGAGAAUGUUAAACCCAAACCCAAACUACAGGAGUGCAAUAUGGACCCGUGUCCUGCAAUCGACGGUUACAAGCAGAUUAUGCCAUAUGACAUUUACCACCCUUUACCACGGUGGGAGAGCAGCCCCUGGACAGCCUGUUCCACUUCAUGUGGUGGGGGAGUCCAGAGCCGCUCAGUUUCCUGUGUGGAGGAAGACAUGCAAGGCAACAUCAACCCUACAGAUGAAUGGAAGUGCCUGUAUGCACCAAAGACACCGAUUCUACAGCCAUGCAACACCUUUGACUGUCCAACAUGGCUGGCACAAGAGUGGUCACCGUGCACGGUGACAUGUGGACAGGGUCUGCGCUACAGAGUGGUCUUGUGUAUUGACCACAGAGGUCUGCAUGCUGGAGGCUGCAAUCCCACCACUAAACCACACAUCAAGGAAGAAUGCCUGGUUACAGUGCCCUGCUACAAGCCCAUUGAGAAGCUUCCUGUGGAAGCAAAGCCCCCUUGGUUCAAGCAGGCCAUAGAGUUGGAAGAAGACACCGUUGUGUCUGAAGAACCAAUGUUCAUCAGAGGAGCAUGGGGUCCAUGUAGCAGAACAUGUGGUGCUGGUACUCAGAGGAGAAUGGUGAAGUGUCAGAUGCUGCUGUCCUUCUCACAGACCAUCGCAGACCUCCCAGAAGAUGAGUGUGAGGGCCAGAAACCUCUUGAGACUCAGCCUUGUUACCGGACCCCGUGCCCUGGAGGACGAGCAGAUGUGGAGAGUUGGAUGGAAGUGACUUCCACUUCAGAGAGAGAGGAACUCCAUGACUGGGAGUAUGAGGGCUUCACUGAGUGCUCGGAGACUUGUGGUGGUGGAAUGCAGGAGGCUGUCGUAAUCUGUCUCAAUAAGCAAACCAGAGAGACUGCAGAUGAGAAGCUGUGUGUUAGUGCACGCCGGCCUCCUCAGCUCCUACAGAGCUGCAACACAGAGCCAUGCCCUCCCAGGUGGGAGAUGGAGUCUUGGAGCUUCUGUUCGGCCACGUGUGGUGUUGGUCUCCAGACACGUGCUGUAAAUUGCGUGUUGAGAGCAGGAUCACACAGCAACCACACGGAGAAAGUCAAAGACGAGAAUUGUCGGCAGCCCAAGCCCAGCUCAGUCCAGGCCUGCAAUCGCUUUGACUGUCCACCCACUUGGGAUGUCCAGGAAUGGAGUCAGUGCUCUCAUAGCUGUGGAGGAGGCAGUCAGAAGAGAGAGGUCGUCUGUAAGCAGCGGAUGGCAGAUGGAAGUGUACUAGAAUUACCUGAAACGUUCUGCCCCUCAAUGAGUUUACCCUCAAUUCAGCCCUGUGGCCAAGUGGAUUGUGAUCCUCAGUGGGUCUCCACAAACUGGACUCAGUGUUCUGCUACUUGUGGAGAAGGAACCCAGAGGUUGCUAGUGGUGUGUAAGGCUCUGGGAGAAAGAGGACGAUACCGAACAAUGGUUCCUGAUGCUUGUGCCAUGGUUCCAAAACCGUUAACUGUCCGAUCAUGCCACCUUGGAGCUUGUGAGAAAAUUUUCAAGCCAGCAGUUGUAAAACGCAAGCCUACCAUUCUGGCUCAAAGAAAGGUCUACAUUCAGUGGAGAAAAGGCAAGAAGCUACACUUUGUGGUGGGUGGUUAUGCCUACCUACUACCGAGGACAUCUGUGGUGCUUCGCUGCCCCACCCGUCAUUUCCCCAAGGGUUAUGUGCACUGGCUGAAAGAUGGUAAACCGCUUGAAAUCCUGGGCCAUGUAUCCAUUUCUCACAUGGGUUACAUCAAGAUCCUGCAGCUCCGUGCUUCUGAUGCUGGGAUGUACACUUGUAUUGCUGGCCAAGCUCAAGAGAACUUUGUCCUGAAGCUCAUCAGCAGCAAGCAUAAGCUGUCGGUGCCAGAAGCAGACUUGUGGAACACGGAUGGUAUAAAGAUCUCACCAAAACUUCAACACACUUCGUCUGCAACUGAGGGCAAGGCCAAAGAGUUUUCGUUGAACCGUUAUGAUGCUAUCAUUCAACACUUACUUGACUUGAAGGAAUUACCAUUUGAGGAUUCCAAGGAAUUGCUGGAUUCCUUUGAGAAGAAUAGUUCCAAUCUGGAAGAAGACACAGUUUUGGAUUCUUUAAGUCCACAGAUGCUCAUCGCAGAUAUGCCAAGGCUUGAUGAGGUCACUCGUAAUCUGUCUGGAGCUUUCCAGGAGAAAGAUGUGUUGAUCAUUCAGCUGCUAGAGGAACUUACAAAGAGCCAUGUGGAGAACAAUGAAUCGGCUCAGCAACCACAUGAAAGACUAGCACACUCCAUGCAAGAUUCCACUUCCCAGAGAAGCAAACAGAGACAGGCUCCUCAUACCAGCAGGCAAUGGAGAGAACAGCACAGAAGCCCAAUUAUCCUGCAGAAGUCCUCCAGAGACCACAUCAGUAACCCUCAUGAAAUUGUGGACUAUGUUGGAGGUCUUAUUUUAGUACCAAGACACACUGUCCAAGUAGAAAUCAAAUGCCAAGCACAAGGUAACCCAGAACCAAUGAUCUUAUGGACUAAGGAUGGAAGGGAGCUAAGAAAUAGCAGCAGAGUAGGCCUAAUGCCGGAUGGUUCCCUGCAUAUUCAAGCUCCAAGCGAGACAGACACCGGACUCUACAUCUGCACUGCCUCUAACCACCUGGGCUCCACGUCGUUGUCCUCUCAAGUGCAAAUUACAGCAAGCUGUGUGAGCAGUGCGAGUGAGGGGAACAGUUCUGUGUGUUCAAACAAGACCAAGCUGUACAACUUCUGCCAUGGACAACAGUGCCCCCACAGGUGGCAGGUAUCCACCUGGUCAGCCUGCUCUGUGAGCUGUGGAGGAGGAAUGCAGAAUCGCAGUGUGACUUGUCAAGGAGGUCCAGGGGGGUCAGAGGCUUGUUCUGGGAGGAAGCCAGCAGUAACCAGGCACUGUAACCUUCAACCUUGUGUUGGCUGGACAACCACUCCAUGGGGACCCUGCCAAGGUCAUUGUGUUGGACCACGCCAAGCCCUUCAGUACAGACAUGUGUUCUGCCAAGACAAGAACAGCACUAGAGUGGCACAUCGAAUGUGCAGCAGUCAACCAAGGCCUACAUCACAACGCAACUGCACGACAGAAGCGUGUGCUCUGCAUUGGCGAGUCGGGCCUUGGACCCAAUGCACCGCCACAUGUGGUCGUCACGGAUUCCAGUCCCGUCACGUCACUUGUGCCCACCGGCGCAGUGGGAAGCUGGCGCGCGAGUUCCACUGUGCUUGGAAACCUCGACCACCCAGCUGGCAACGAUGCAACAUCCUGUCCUGUGGGAGAGGUGAAUGUCAGGACAGCACAAGGUAUUGUGAAAAGGUUCGACAACUAGAGCUUUGCCCACUGCCCCAGUUUAAAUCACGCUGCUGCCAGUCUUGCAAAGACACCUGAGACUAGAUAUGGAUGGAAGGACAGAGAAAGGUUAGGAUACAAGGAAGAGAUGGCCCUAGCGCCCACUACGCAGACCAACACAAGCCCUCAAGGACCAGGGGUUUGUGCUGGGUUAGGGUCACUGGGAUUGGUGGAUUCUAGAAACAACAGCUCCAAUAAGCAUCCCUGUAAAGAAGAUAAAUAAUAACUGAAAACAGAUAUUUUGUUAAUAAGACUAUGACCUUAUUUUGACUUCAGUGAAGGUUUCGAAAUUGAGAUUUUUUGAAAUGUUUUCUUUUUAUGUGUUGAUUGUUAUGGUCUGCAGAUAUGUGAGAAAUGUGACUUUUGUUAGCGUUCACUGGAUGUUUAGGACUCCCGCAAUGACACUGUCAGAUAUAGUAAAGAACUAUAAACUGGACUUUUCACAUUUUAUAUACUUAAAUCACACCACUGGGAACAAAAUAACCGCCUAAUUGGGGAAGACUGUCAUUUUAAUAUCUACCAUGCUCUCACUUUUCACAGUUAUUUGGAAACCAAUUUAAAUUACCUCCAAACCAUGUCAGAUGAGAUCAGCCCCUUAUCCAGAUGGUCUUUAAGGCUGGGUAUUCGUAAUGAAGUGCUAAAAACAUAGCUUUAAUGUUGAGAAUGUGUCACCUUAUUUUAAUUUAAAGACUCUGUGACUCAGAGCCAACAACAAUAGGUAAAAUGAGGCAUGGACGCUUCAUGCAAACUAAUUAUACUGUAGGUACUUCAGCAUAUUUCUGGCAUUCGUAGGAUUUCCUUUAUGUAGCACUACAUCUAUGCAAAGUUCUGGUUGGAACUCAAAUCCUACAAAAACACUUAAGAGGUUUUUAAGGUUCACAAAAUCCAUAACUUAUGCUAUCUUUUGCACACUCUUAAAGUUAACUGUGGAACAAGGCAACAUCAAUGUAACUGAGAGCAUAUUCAAUGAACCUAAUCGUCAUGAUUAGAUAGCUGAAAUUCAAAAUCAAAUGACAUUUUGCAGCUUAAACUGACAUAGUGUUCCUUUGAAGGGCAAUUCAAAAUUUGCUUAACAUACCAGGCCUAUUAUAAUUGUUAUAAAAUAAUAACAAUGAGCUCAUUUUGUUCUGUUAUGAUCCCAAUAAUGUUUAUAAACACAAUACUUGAGUUUCAAGUGGGGUUGUAUAACUACAGACAUGACAAUAUCUCUCAAACCCUCUAAAGUCACGCCAGCGGCUGGUUUCAGUGUCUUGCAUUAUGAUAUGCUUUUUGGUUUACAUUAACAGACAAUCGUCCCAUGCCCCAGUAUUCCUUAGAUUUCAUCGGACAGAGAAAUGGGAAUCCUGAAUGUUUUACACAUGUUAAAAAUGAGGCUUGAUUGUUCUUUUUUUCUACCUUCUUAAACGGUUGUUUUCUGUACUUGGUAAUUUGCUGAUAAAGAUUUAACCACUGUCAGAUGUGCAUGUUUUUGUAAAUACUUUGUUGCUAACCGAAAUAUCUUCCUGAAAUAAACAUGCCAUUUAACUACCUUUUCUAGAAAAUUACAAGUAGUUGCAAAUAUAUGAAAAGAAAAGAGAUUCUAUUAUUCUUUACAGACACCAAUUUAUCCUACAAAAAAAAAAAAAAAAAAAAGGAACAUAAUGGGAAAUGCUUGGACAUGAUUAAGUGCUGUCACUUACUCAACGUACCCUGUAAGUACUAAACGAAUCCUUUUAAACCAUAUGAUUUGUUUAUUUAAGCAGUUAUUCAAGUCUUGAAAAUAUGAUUGUCUUUUUUUUUUUUUUUUUUAAACACAAGUAGUGAGCUGCCUUCGUUUAGUAUUUAUUAUUUUGUGUAAGUGCAAUUUCUCUGUAAAUGAAAACCAGUUUGGAUGUAGUUUUUAUGAAUAUUAUGUUUGUUUUUAUAUUAUAAAAAAAAAAAAAAAAUCAAUGCAUGCAGAAAUGUCCCAAUCUAAACAUGUUCUGGUUGUCAUUUUAAUAAUUGGUCUCCAUUUAACUAAUAAAUUGAAUUACGUUCCAUACAUCUAGUCGGUGCACUGUUCAUGUAAUCCACUUUUGAGGCUGACAGUUUUAACUUGAAUUUCCUGAUUGCCAUCCAAAUAAAUACUGAAUGAAAGUACUGCUAAAUUACUGCUCAUUGUAAAUAACUUUAUAGAGGUUUCUUUUGUGCUGCAAAAUAAUAGUCACUGAAUUUAUGGAGCUCCAUUAGCGGAUCUAAGUAGAGUCUGACUCCACGCAAUCUGAUAAACUUUGGAUCCUAAUAAAUUCAGGCCUUUUUUUUUUCCUUUAUUGAAAUACAUUACAAACAUCCAAGAAUGGCAUCCAUAAUAGCCUAUUGAAACAAUCAGCCUGAAGUGGAAGCUUAUACAACAAAACAAAAAAUAAAGAAAAAAAACUGCAAGAACUUUGAGGCUCCAUUAUUAAAAAAUUAUAUAUUACAAACUAAUCAAAUAUUUGUAUGUAAACAAUACAAAUCCAAUAGCCCUAUAAUGGUAGCACUUUAUCAAUAUCAAUCAAUAUUUAUUUAUAAAGCACAUUUAAAAACAACCAAGUUUGACCAAAGUGCUGUACAGUAUAAAAAAAAAAGAAUUUCUAUAGCAGAUAUAACUGGAAACAAGGUAAAAACACAUAAAAUAUUAAAACUGACAAUUCACAAUGAUUAUGGGAUAUUAAAAGCCAGAGAAAACAGGUAAGUCUUUAGGCCAGAUUUGAAUGCUUUAUAACAAGGUUUCAUUUGUUAACAAAUAAAUGCUUUAGUAUCAUGAACUAAUGAACAAUAUAUUUUUUACAAUAUUUAUUCAUCUUUGUUAAAGUUAAUAAAAAUACAAUUGUUCUUUGUUAGUUCAUAGUGCUUUACUUAAUGUUAACAAAUACAACUUUUUAUUUUAAAA